AUGGAGACUCAAACUAUCGAGUUCACUGUUGAACAACUUCUCGACUUACAUAGAUAUUGGAUUACAGAACUCUUUAUCAUGGACAAAAAGUCCGAGGAGGAAAUUGUCAAUUUGCUUCAUCAUCAUCAGAUAAAUGUCACGUUUCGCACACGCUUCAUUCUUAUCUCUCCAAUUGGAAUUUACUUACUCCACCCUCCUCCUCCUCCUCUUUCCAAGACAGGGCCAACUGCGAUUAUCUCAAGUUAUGCCACCAUUUUCAACACAACCACUACUGCACUCACAUCCGAAAAUUCUUGCCCCAUCCCUUUCACUCCAUCAAAGCCAGUCUUGGAAGGUUUAGGUGCCAUUUCUAAGUACUCGACACGCAUCGAAUCCUACUCGCUCGACUAUUCAUUAUUGAAAAGUCGUCGAUUCGGAAAGCCCACGAGAGCUAUGGAAGAUGGUGGAAGAAACCCGGAAAUAUCCGCUUGA